CACAGUUUCUUCUAAUACGCCCACGCGCGUUUGAAUCUUUUGGAGCUGGAUUUGACAUAAGGUCAGUCCGUAGGUCAUGUACCGAGAUUACGGCCUGGCGCAAACUCCGUUUAUUGAUAAGUUAGAGACUCUUAAUCAAGCAACAAUUCCAGAAAUACCUGUGUACAAACCUACGGUUGCAGAGUUUGAAGACUUCAGCAAAUGUAUUUCCAUGAUAGAGUCCCUCGGUGCUCAUCAUGUAGGGCUUUGCAAAGUAAUACCACCUUCAAACUGGGUUGGGCGUCGCAAAGGUUAUGAUAAUAUUGAUGAAUGUUUGGUAGAAAAACCUAUAUGUCAAAGCACAUAUGGUGGACGUGGUAUAUAUUUUCAGGAUAUUUCACCCAGAAAAAGUCUCAAAUUCAGUGACUUUAAGAAUAUUGCUUUAUCAAGUAUAUAUUGCACCCCUAAGUACAGGGAUUACGAUCACCUUGAGAGAAAAUACUGGUCGUCGAUAGGCACAAGUCGUCCACUGUAUGGGGCUAAUGUCAGUGGAACUUUGAUGGAUAUUGACCAGCAUAUUUGGAACAUUGCAAAACUCGACUCAGUACUAAGUCGGGUUUUCGAAGAAGAGGGUGUACAAAUACCAGGUGUGAAUACUCCAUAUUUGUAUUAUGGAAUGUGGCGAUCUACGUUUCCGUGGCAUGUUGAAGAUGUAGACUUAUACUCUAUAAACUACCUGCAUUACGGUCUUCCAAAGUGCUGGUACGUCAUACCUCCAGCUUUUGCGCGUAAAUUUGAAUCCUUUGUUUCCGAAUAUUUUAGGUCGGAAUUCUUGAAAUGUCAUUGUUUCUUAAGGCAUAAAUGCGUUUUAAUUAGUCCUACAGUUCUUUCCCAAUCUGGAAUCCCAACUAAGAAAAUUUUACAACACGAAGGUGAAUUUAUGAUAACUUUUCCUUAUGCUUAUCAUUCCGGCUUCAAUAUGGGUUUAAACAUUGCUGAAUCAACAAAUUUUGCACUUACUAGGUGGAUAGAGUACGGAAAACAUGCGAAAAUAUGUACCUGUUGGGAUGACACAGUUAAAAUAUGUAUGGAUCCUUUUGUGCGAAGAUUUCAGCCCGAGUUAUUUAAUGAUUGGAAAAGUGGAAAAAACCUACCACCACAUCCUCUCGAUGAAUAUCUGCCAAAGGAAACAAGUCAUCAUGUUGAGAGCACACUCACAUAUCCAGACAGUGCCAAGGAUAUAUUGGGUAUCGAGAACAAUGAGGUUAUGGCCAAAGACCCUUCUCUUUUUAAACCUUACUCUUCUGAUUCACCGCCUCCCAAAGUUGGCGAUCUGAACUCUAUUGAUCUGCGGUAUUCCUCAAAACAGUUCGAAACGGCCAAAAUUCCUUUUCAUAUCGCUACUAACCCUCGCUUGUACCCUCUGUGGUGUGGAAAUCCGGCUAAUGAACAGAUUGAACGAAAUUUCAACCUUUUCAUUGGAAGUCAUAAACCAUAUUGUGCUGUUUGCUCAUUUUUGUGGACUCCUCAGCAUGUUUCUAAGCUUUUAUCUAGUGGACAUCGAGAAGACAAACUACCUUUAUACUCAGAACCACACAUUCCCGAAGUUGCAUAUCGCAGCUAUAAUUCUUCUGUACAGUUUCCUCCGACAGUUAAAAGUCGUAUACUCAGGUGUUUUCGUUGUUGCUUAACUGUACAUGCUAGAUGUUAUGGUGUUCAAGAUGAACUUGGAUUUAAAUAUGAGUCUUCAUUAGAACAAAAACAUAAUCUGAACUUUAAAAGAUCCUGGUAUUGCGAUGCUUGUAUGGCGAGUUCAAAACCCACGUGUGUAUUCUGUUAUAUGCGCGGAGGAGCUAUUAAAGCACUAGCCAACAUAAAUAAUGCAUUUACUGGACGACCUUACUGGGCACAUUUAGUUUGUGCACUAAUUACUCCAGGUUGCUAUUUUGAAGAUGUGCCUAAACGAUUGGCAUUUAUUUCUGAAGACACGAUCAAAUCAGCUAUGUCUUCAGCCAUAUUAUAUUCCAGCGAAAGUAAUAAACGUGUGAUUAAUGAAAUGCAAAAUAUCAGUUCGCCAAGUUGCUUCUCUGAGACUGUUCCCUUCAAAUCUUCAAGUUAUUUACAGAAGAAUUUGAAAUUAGUGCGUAAGAGACCACCUAAUAUUGAUAACAAAAUUUUACGAGAAUAUUAUGAAUCACCUGAUCAGAGAAGUAAAAUAUGUCGAUUAAACAAAUCGAAUAAUCGUUUUUCACGAAAGCUACUCAACACUACUUCCACAGUUUCAAUUGAUUUUAAUUUUAAAAAAAUAAGACCAUUCAUUCAGAAUAAUAACAAUGGGAUUUCUAGUGUUCAUCAUUCUGACAAUACUAACAUACCAGUUGAAACUGGAGACAAAAUUGCAUCAUCUCUUCCUUCAAUAUGUUUUGUGUGUCAAUUACCUGGGAGAGGAUUUCUUCCAUUGGCUUCUUGCUGGCAUAAUGGUUGUUCUACACAGUUUCAUGUUACUUGUGCUCAAAUGGCUGGUAUUGUUAUUGGAACUGAUGUAUAUCCUCGUUUCUUUUAUAUCGCAUGCAGUAAACAUCCUACUAACUACGAUCACCCAAAUUUUCACGAUCACGGUUCCGUUUCCCCAGGAGAUGAAGUAAUGGUACAAGAAACCAAUGAUCCUAUAUUUUCAUCCGCUAUUGCUAUCCGACGAGUAACUCCUCUAUACUGCCGUAUUUCGUUUCCCGAUGGAACCUUCUCAUCAGAUACACCACCAGAGUAUUUGACAGUAGGAACACUUUUUAACCUUUAAUUUUAUAUACUUUUAUACGUUGCGAUUAUUAGAGUAGUUCACAAAUUAUUGUGAAUGUUAAUGAGUAUUCUUAAUAAUUCAUACGUACCAGCUCUUAUUAUUGAAUAAAAUUAGUGUUUUUAAAGGCAGUAAUGAAUCUAGUCUUCUCUUCACUUUUAGAAUGUUAAUUGGUUCAAAGAUGGACCUCCAGAAAAAGGAUCACUUAUUAAAGUUUUAUGGGAUGAUGGGAUGGAAUAUGCGGGAACGUAUGAAGGUACUACUUCUGAACAGUGGGAAGUAAGUGUAAUUAUUGUUUAAAUAUUGGCCAUAUAUUGAAGUUGUAAAACGUUCACAUUUAUUUCCUUUACACACAUUUUGUCAAAUAAUCAAAUGUUUGAGUCAAGCAUAUGUUGAUGUAACGAUGUGUAGAUCAGGUUUCCAUAUUUUCUGCCAAGAAGAUCAAAGGUUGUCUAGUUUUUCGUUAUUACAUGUUAUUUCGUUGAAGGAUAACUCCGAUGACAUUUUUUCUAAUUCAUAUUUUCACAACGACCUUUCCUGUUAUCUGACUGAUUGUUAUUGUUUUUUAGUUUACUAACGUUGUUAAGUGCUCCAGAGUCAUUACAUGUUACUGUAUAAACAGUUGUUCAGUUUUCGACGUUUGUUCGAAAUGUAAAUCUCUCCUAGAAGUACCACUUCCUCUAUCUCAUAUUGGUGGGUAGAUUGUAAAAGUUGUAAUGUGAUUGCCUGCCCAGACGUCUGGUCUAUUUGAGUUUAUUCGUUGUGUUCAUGCUGGAGGAUUCUUAAUUGUUCAUAAAUUGAACUCACUGUAGGUCAUCUGGAAGUCCCAAUCUGUAUUCGUUGUUAUCAAUAUUUAACAGUUUCACAUGUCUGGAUAUCAUCAGUGGACUUGGGAUACAAAAGGUUGUGAAUAUUACUUUGAAAACCAUCCAGUACUCUUUUGCUUCUCUUAUCAAACUCAUAUGAACGAAAGAAUCAUAAAUGUUUUGAUGAUGUUAGGCAACCUUCCAGCAAAUAACAAUAGUUGUAUUUAUACAUCUUCCUUCAGUUGUCCUUUACGUACUCCAUUAUUCUUUCAAUUCUUUUGUUAUUCCGGUUGCUCUCUGUUUCGCUUUUUCUUCUCUUUAAUUAAAUGUUUUGCUGGCAAGCAUCCCACUUCCGAUUGUUGCUGCAUACUACCAAAAUAUGUCAAAAUACGUAGCGUACACCACACUCAUCCCGCUUUCAAAAGAAGGUCACUUGCGGUCAAUCUGCUCGACGUGCCGCUUUCUAGGUUGUCGCAGUCUGUGCCACGCCAUUCGUCGGAAUGUCGCAUUGACCUUUUGGGCUAUCUAAAUCCGAUGUCAUCUCAGCACCAAAAACGUUUCGCAUCUAGUGAAAUAAGGAGAAAAGGAAGGAAACUGAUGAGAAAUCGGAAUAACAACGGAAUUGAAAGAAUAAAGAAGUACGUAAAGCACAACUGAAGGAAGAUGUAAAAAUAAUUUAUUUGAUGUAUGAUUUUCAUAUUUUGUAAAGGCACUGUGUAAUUUUGCAUGUAACAAUAAAUUAGUUUAGCGUAUCUGAUUUUUCGUUCACGAUAAUAUUUUCAUUUUAAACAAAUAUUUCCACUUUUAUAGAACAGAUAAAGAAAAUCACACGGAGUUUCGUCCGAUUCGGUUUUCUUUAACGUUGUACAUCGUUUGCGGCUUUUCAUAUAUUUGAAGAAAUAAUUUCAGUAGAGAGAUGUUUAAAAAUCAGAUUUCGAUGUAGAAUCAAUUAAAUCUACAGUGAAUGUGUUGAUACGAAUAAAAUUAAUGUCUGUUGUAUCGAUCCAUGAUGUAAUGUGACUGCAAUAAAGUAAGCUUAAUAUUCAGGCAUUAAUUCCGUUGGUGAUUGGAUAACCUAUAAUGCUUGUAACCGCCAACCGCUAAUUUAUUAAAUGAGUUAUAAUCAUACUUUUGUGUUGAUUAUUGUGUAUAGGAGCGUGUUAUUUUCUUAAUAAGAAAACAUCUGUUCUGCUGGUCAUCUGUCUUGUUUUCUGAUAUCAGUUCAAUUUGAGGGCUCGUGUUCAGUAAUUCGGUCUCUGAAUCAUUCAUCACUUAUUUACUUUGUAUCAAUUCAUCCCUCUCAUCUAUCUGUCUGGAUUGGAUCAAUUUAUUAUAACAACACACAACUUAUCAAAUGACGGAAUUUCGGUUUAUGAUGUGUAACUGCAAUUGUUUGAUAACAAUCUUAGUGUUUUUUUUGGAAUAUAUUUUACAACAGAAAGUUUAAUGAAUUCAUCUCCUGUGUCUAAUUUAUGGAAAUCAGAUUAGUUUUUUUUAUGUCGUCUAUUUCGAGUAUUUAUUCUUUUCGGUAUUAAGAUGACAAUCAGUAGUCAAGUAAGUACAUUAAAUAUAUAUUUGUUGUUGUUGUUGUUCAACUUGUGAAAAAAGUUAUCUCAUUUAUUUAUUUUUGAUUAAUUCAUAUUAUUCUCAUAGCUUUUCCCAUUGUUUCAAUUUGUCCAGUAAUUUGUUUCUACUUCACAAUAGGUUCAACUGGAAUCUGGAGAGAUUAGAGUAUUUAAUCGUGAACAGUUUUAUGUACAACCAAAAACUAAAUAUUCAGAUAAUUUGGCUUUUGAUGGUUCGUCUACUGAUUAUCCAUGGGCAAUAACAGAUCUUGAAGAUUCAGUCGCUCCCUCGAAUUCAUAACAUGACUUUUACAGUACAUAUAUAUUAACCAUGUUUUGCAUUUUGCUGAUUGUACAUAGUGUUUUUAAUAGGAUUUAUUUUUUUAGAGUUGGCGAACUUUUAUAUCAACAUAAAUUCUCAUAUUUCUUGACUAAUUAAUUUUGACUCCGGUUACUUGGUGGCGACAUUUGAACCUAAAAAUGAUGAAUAUAUUUCACACUACUAACUCGUGCGUCUAUUUGCUCAUUAUUCAUAAAUCACUUAACAUUUUCAACAGUGCGAACUGAAUACCUAGCUAAUGAUGUAAAAGCCUUGUGAAACGUAUUUGUUGUUUGUGUGCAUAAUAUUGGCCAGUUUAACUGCCGACUGGUACCGAUCAACACAUAGUAGCUGCACAAUCCUUGAAGCUAAACAUGGAGAUUAGCCUUUGGACAAUUGUGAAAAGUCAGAAUAUAUAACCACA